UUCAUCAGCGCAGAAUGUCAAAGCAUAGAAAAAACUACCAACUAAAGAGUAAUUUCGUUUACUAUAAAUGGUACCAACCUUAUGUUUGCUUCCAUACAAAACCAAACUUCUCUCUAUCUUCCAUUUGUUUCUUCUCCCUAAAAUGGCAUUUUCACACCAAAUUCUCUUUAUAGCUUCGGCAUUGAUCUUCUCCGUGCUAAAUCCAGCACAAAGCGCCACGUCUGAUGGCCCUUUCACCCAUUCUCGGGCAGCAUACUACCCAGAUUCUGAUGACAAGGGAUCAGAAACAGCAGGGAGAUGUGGAUACGGUUCAUUUGGAGCAACAAUCAACUAUGGAGAUGUAGCAGCUGCAUCUGAUCUCUAUCGAGAUGGUGUAGGCUGUGGUGCUUGCUACCAGGUGAGGUGCAUGAAUAGUAAGGACUGCUCGGAUGAAGGAGUGACUGUUGUUAUAACUGACCAAGGAUCCAGUGAUCGGACAGACUUCAUUAUGAGCAAGAAAGCUUUCCGUAAGAUGGCUCAGUCUACGUAUGCAGCAUCAUCUCUACUAGCACAAGGAAUUGUAGAUAUUGAAUAUCGAAGGGUUUCAUGCAGCUACCCAGGGAAUAACAUCACCAUCAAGAUUGAUGAGAGCAGUGACUACCCAUAUUACCUCGCUUUUGUCAUAUGGUACCAACAAGGGCAAAAGGACAUCACUGCAGUGCAACUAUGUGAGACAAAAGAUUUUAAUUGCAAACUAUUGGACAGAAGUUAUGGAUCAGUAUUUACAACAACCUCACCACCUAGUGGAUCCUUGUCUCUAAGAAUGUUACUCAGUGGUGAAGAUGGAGAUGAAAAAUGGAUUGUUCCAGUUAAUAUAAUACCUGAGAACUGGAAGAAGGGGGACAUAUAUGAUACAGGGGUACAAAUAGCAGAAUAAGCACCUAAUUGUAUCCAUAGGAAUUUUUUCACUGAUACUAUCAAAGGACAAGAAUAAUCAGAGAGAACAGUCUCUAGUAUGUUGGUUCUAACUUUUUAGCUUAUUCUUAUUGGUUUGAACUGUAGAAUAGUUUAAGACAUUAUCAUUUUAAUGUUAUGGUUAUUUAUUCCCAAUAAGUUCUCUUCUUUCGUUUUGUUAGAAGUUGUAACAAUGUUUGUUAACUUUCCUCUGUAAGAAUUGGUCAAGCUACAGUAAAGGUUUAUCCAUUUAUUUA